AUGAAAGCAGAGGAGCUGGUUCCAUUUCCUCCAUCGGCUGGUGCUUCUGGUGCUGCUGCGUCGCUGUUUGAUCCAGCAUCAGCUGCAGCUCCGACGGUGGCCAACAAAGCGAGAGCCAGGAAGAGAAUGGUUGUCUUGCGGAUCAUGGUUUAUCCCAACUCGGUUGAAGAUUUCAGUGAUUUGCGGCACGGCGCUGGAUAG